AUGAGUGAGAUACUUCCAAUAGAGCAACUGAGUUUUACUGAAAUUUACAAUCAUUGUAAUAAUUUUCAGACGCAUGAAUGGGGAAUGUCGAAGGAGGUUAAGUAUGAAAAUCAGAGUGUUAAGGAAGAGUUCUUUUCCUCGGAUCCUCUUCAGGAACAGCCAGUGGAGUUCUUUUCAGAGAUUAAAGGCUUUGAUGAGUCCUUUAGUGAUAUUAAAUAUUUACCUGUUGAACAAUGUCACAAAGUAAGAAAGAUUAGCAAUGGUCAGAGAAUGGCUGGUGCUGAAUCCGUCAGAGAAACUACAAGGACGAUCCCUCUGGCCGGCCUUGAGAUUCUGAAUAACUAUGGGAGUAGGUUUAGUCUGUCACAUGGUGAAAUGGAAAUUGCCUCCAGCUAUGAGAUUGCACAAACAAAGGUGGGCGUGCGCCAAUUGACAACUGAUGGAAUUCUGCGGUUGGCUGGAGAAAAGUUCAUCCGAUCAUGUUCCCCAAGAAACGCUGACCUUUCAUUGCUUGUCGGUCCAAUAUCUAGCUCUUUCCCUUGCUUAACAGACGAUGAGGUCAAUGAUGUUGAGCUUGUCCAAAUUCUUCUCAUGUCUGCUGAGAAAGUUGGGAGGCAACAAUAUGAUUGUGCAAGCAAGCUUCUGGAUCUUUGUGAUGGCCUGUCUUCUCCAGAAGGAAAUCCUGUUCAAAGAUUAGUGUAUUACUUUGUGAAAGCUCUACGAGAGAAGAUUUAUCAUGAAACAGGUGUGAUUCCAUCGAAUUGUCUGGAUAUUAAACACUUCUUUGAUGUCAAAGAGGCACUGAUGAGUCCGACCCCUACUGUCAUUUCAUUCCACAAAGAGGUACCCUUCUCUCAAAUUAAUCAAUUUAUCGGAGUCCAAGUAAUUGUAGAAAAUGUUGGAGAGGCCAAAAGGGUUCAUAUAAUUGACCUUGAGAUCAGAAGUGGGAUGCAGUGUAUGGUACUGAUGCAAGCUCUUGUCAAUCGACGCCAGAGUCCCCUUGAUCAUUUUAAGGUAACUGCCCUCGGAACUAAAUCAAAAGAAAAAAUUGAAGAGACGGGUAGAAGAUUAAUGACUUUUGCUAUGUCCAUGAACAUACCCUUCUCCUUCAAUGUGAUCAUGGUUGCAGACAUGCUUGCUCUGAAUAAAAGCUUAUUUACGCUUGAUCCCAGAGAAGUAGUUGCAGUAGUCUCAUCGUACUACUUGUGGACCUUGCUUGCAGUCCCCAAUCAGCUCGAGUGCCUUAUGGGAGUGAUCAGAAAGAUCAAUCCAUGUAUAAUGGUGAUCACUGAAGUUGAGGCAAAACAUAAUUCUCCGGUCUUUGUGAACCGUUUCACUGAGGCUUUGUUCUUCUAUGGUGUGUUUUUCGACGCUGUAGAAGAUUGCAUGGGCCACAAGAAUCCAAACAGAUUGACAACUGAAUCCAUGUUUCUUAAUCAGGGAAUAAGGACUAUUGUUGCAGCUGAGAAAGAAGAAAGAACAAUUCGACAUGUGAGUAUAGCGGUUUGGAGGGCUUUCUUUGCAAGAUUUAGAAUGGUGGAAAAACAACUCAGCAUGUCCUCAUUGUAUCAAGCAGAUUUGGUGCUGAAGAACUUUUCUUGCAGCAAUUCUUGUACACUUGUUCGAGAUGAAAAAGGGCUUAUUAUUGGUUGGAAAGGAACACCAGUGCAUUCCCUUACUACUUGGAAGUUCCUGUAG